AGGCGUGCCCGCAGUCCGCGGGCGCUGCGGGCGGGAGCUGAGCGGACCAAGAUGGCGGCGGCGCGGGCCGUGUGCGUGAUGCGUGGAGAGGGGCCCGUGCAGGGCGUCAUCCACUUCGAGCAGCAGGGUGGUGGACCGGUGAAAGUUACUGGAAAAAUCACUGGAUUGGCUGAUGGAGAGCACGGCUUCCACGUCCAUGAAUUCGGGGACAACACAAACGGGUGCACCAGUGCCGGCCCUCACUUCAACCCGGAGGGCAAACAGCACGGGGCCCCCAGUGACGCCGAGAGGCACGUGGGAGACCUGGGCAAUGUGACUGCCAAGGGAGGAGUGGCCGAGGUGGAGAUCCAGGAUUCCGUCAUUUCCCUCAGCGGCCCUCACUGCAUCAUCGGCCGCACCAUGGUGGUCCACGAGAAGCGGGAUGACCUGGGCAGAGGGGGGGACAACGAGAGCAAGCUGACAGGGAACGCGGGGCCCCGUCUGGCCUGCGGAGUGAUUGGGAUCGCCAAGAGCUAAGUGUGGCACCUGCAGUGCUGCUCCAUUGCUGCUCUUGCCCUUCCUCGUGCAAGCCCAAGAUUUGUCACUAAUCUCCUGCUCCUCUGCAUCCCGAGCAGCGCUUAAACCGCUGAGACUGACGGCGUUUUGUAUGAUGUACAUGGCAAUUAAAGUGUCCCUCAUGGAACAGCUCUGUGGUCUCUGCUCACACACCUGCACAUUCCCUGUCGCAUCCCUCACUGGAGCAAAUCCCUGCUGCGUGCCAGGGAGGAUGGGGGCAGUGCUCACAUCCCAGACCCUGGCAAAGAGCGGCAGCCCUGGGGGUGUCAGGGCUGCUUCCUGGUGAAGGUGCAGCAUUUGUAGAUCUCCAGCCUGUGUAAUAAAUGUUCUGGGCAGAUACA